UCCCAUAAAAGUUGUGAAACCGCUAAAAUCGAACUUUAGCUUAACUGGCUUUAAAUAAAUCUGUUCUGAAAAAUUAAUUUAUACAUAAAAAUGUGGCAAAAGUAUAAGACCAACGGAAAUGAAAUUACUGAAAAGAUUAAAACAUUUUUCGGAGUGUUGGACACAAAUGAAGAUAUGGACAACUUGAGAAAAAAUUUUGAAAGCCGAGUUCGGAAAGAAAAUUAUGGUAUAUCUAUACAGAAGUCAAUACCAGAAUUUAUGCAGACAGAAUCUUACAAGAAGGAUAUGGCAAUAGACCAAAUGAAAGAAGCUUUUUCACAACUGUCUGUGGAUCAAUUGACUGAAAGUGAAAUACAGGAGCUGAUUAAGUCUUCAACUGGUUGUAUCAUUAGAAGCUCUCAGAGUGUUCCCUAUUCAUCUAAUGUUGAUACGCCAGGUCCUUCCUCUCGGAGUGUUCAUUUACCUUGUCCAUCAGAGAAGAGAGAAAAAGCACAGACAACCGUAGCAAUACCAUCAUUUGAUGCUAUGGAAAAAAAGAGGUCUCAAGGAGUGACUAAAGCAACUUUGGACAAAACAGAAGAUGAGCAGAUUGAAAUUGUUUGUUCACCUGCUGAAUGCCAUUCACAGGUGAGAAAAUUCUCCAAAAGUACCACUACUGCAAAAUCUUCUGAUGGAUUCAAAAGCAAAAUAUCUUUUGCUUUGAGAAACUUACGGAGAGAUUCUUCUUCAGAAACUUGGAACAUGGAAACCAGCUCCCUUCUGAAUAGACCUUCAUUCCAAUCAUCAAUAAGACAGAAGUAUUCAAAGAAGCCAUUGUCAGGUAGCAAAAUUCAUUUCCAAGAACCUGCUUCGAAAAACGUCCAUCUGUACAGUCUAGAAGAGUUUGUGCACAUUACUAACAUACUGAAUGAUGAAGAACUUCAGAAACUAGAAGUAAACAGUGAAAAUGCUUCAUGGCUUUCAUCUGUACUAAGUUUUUCACACGGCACAAAUGAUGCCGAAAAAUAUGUAGGGCUGGCUGGUAAUGAAACAUUUUAUGAACACAAAGAGAAACCAGUAGCCUCUUGCAGUACGUCUGAAGAAAGACCUUGCAGUAUCAAAGUGGAAACUAUUGGUACUCUGACAUCUUGCAGUAACGAGUAUGAAUCACCAGGAAAAUUGGUGUAUUCUGACAGUGGAAAUAUAGGACAGUCAGAUGUGCAUUCAUUUGUUGGCAGUGGAAGUACAGAAUGGACGAGCAGCUCUGCAGCCUCUCGUUCUAAAAGUGAACAGUCGGACAUCAACAACUCAGCAGUGUACUUCAAGUCAAAUAAAGUACACCCUAUUGACUUCACUGCAAGUGGCACACAUGGUCCACAGAUGAAUGUUAACAAUCAUGCUAUUGGUGAGAUGGACGUUAACAAUCAUGCUGUUGGUGGUAGCAUGGGAGAAAUUAAAUCUGAAACAACAGAUGGUGGUAAUAAUCGUUCAAACAAUUAUGACAGUAACAUUAAUGAUAAAAAGGUGACCAGCAAUGAUGAUGGCCCAGCUGAGACUGAUGCUGACGAUACAACCCGCAGACGGCAUCACAGUUCACCAACCAAAAAGGAUGUGAAAAACAGUGACCUUUCGAAUGUCAGGUUGAUUGAAGAUCAUUCAGAACUGACUGGGCAAGAAGCACUAAAACACUAUAAACUUUUUGCAGCAGUAGAAAGAGCGGUGCUGAUAAAUAAGCUUGAGCAAAUCAAAGAGCAGAUUACUAGUGACUACCUGUGGAAAAUUGAUGUCGUUGAGGAAAUAUAUGAGACUGCAAAGGCAUAUUACAGCAAUCCUGAGGGUGAGGCUAGAUCAAAGUGGAAGAAACUGAGGCGAGAGAUAUCACAGUACAGCAAGGAAAGUAUCACGGAUAUCCGAGUCAAGUUGACCACAUUUGGAAACUUCCGACCAUUCUUCACCUAUUUGAUUCUUCUGAGUCUUGUGAUGUCAGUCUCCGUUAUUUGUGCGCUGUUUGGCCUCGCUCGGGUCGGCUUGGAACCGAAGCUAGACUUUGAAGAGAACAUUAAAACAUUCCUCGGGAAGGAAAGCAUCCACCGAUGGAUAGUUCCCAAUCUGUGGAUGGGUCCGACAAUGCGCAGCAUGAUUGCUGCUGGGGCAGUGUUCGGCCUAUGUAUGAGAGAAAACCACCAUACGAGUCUGGCAUUUGUUGAAAGGUACAACUUCAGCAUAACCACAACACUUGGGUGCUGCGAGAUGGCCUCGCGGAACACGGCUGGCACUCUGUCCAAAGAAGAGUGCAACAAAGAGACAGAGGGUGUUGGUGCGUGGCGUGAAGGAAUACUGUGUUCUGGACGCAUUCCCGGUAAGAACAGUGUGGCACACGUAAUGAAGCCGUGCUGCGUGGACAUACAGGGAAUGUGCAUUCACACCUCGCACAGCCACUGCGUGUUUAUAGGCGGCAUCUAUCACAUGAAAGAGGACCACUGCAGUCAGGUCAAUUGUGCAAAUGAUCUUUGCCACUUUGGCGGUCUAGAGCCCGACCCUGACAUGCCGUGGCUAUCCAAGAAGGCCAACCAAUGGGGGCGUUUCCUCCUCAGUCUACUGUACUCGCAUGGCAUCAUCCACACCAUACUUCUGCUGGUGGGAAUCUGGAUCCUGAUGCGGGAGACCGAGAAGACAAUUGGAUGGAUGCGCAUGCUUUUCGUCUACAUCUCUUGUGGACUCAAUGGAUGCCUGAUUGCGACCAUAUUCUCACCUUACUCCCCACAGGUCGGCACCACUGGCUCACUGAUGGGGACUGUUGGAGUGUUAACCGUGGAACUUAGUCAAGCCUGGAGGCUGGUAAAAAAACCGUGGAAAGAAGUGGCAAAAAUUGCUGGUCUUCUGUGCAUCUCUCUUUUUGUGGGCACCUUUCCUCAAGUGAGCAACUACUCCAUCGUUGUAGGUUUCUUCACGGGGAUGAUUUGUGCCGUUACGUUCCUGCCGUACAUCACAUUUGGCUGGUGGAGACCACAGACUCGCCUCAUUCUCUGCAUCACCGGCCUGGCUCUGCUGAUGCUUUCGCACUUCAUUUUCUUCUAUCUCUUCUAUUAUGUACAAGACUUGACACAGUGCAAGUCUUGCACCGCUUUCGACUGCAUGCCAUAUACAGAUAAAGUUUGUGAUUUCAAUCUGCUGGAGUAUCAUAAAGACGACUUGUAAAAAAAAAAUGAAAAAAAGAAAGAAACACCCAAAAAACUAAAGUCAGUGUUUACAUGAAAACCUUGAUCUAAAAUUCAGAUCUGGCUGAAGUUGAAUUUCAAUUUUAGUUGGUGAGCACGGCAGUCAACCCGGAGACUUUCUACCAUGAAAGGUCACUUAAUAUUUUUUGUAACCGUGAAAACUUCACCUAUUUUUAGCACAAUGCGAGUUUAUAAUAGCUGCCAUAAAGAAGCCUAUUACCAAGAUCUGGACAGCAAUACUGAUGUCACAAAGCCCGUUUAUCUUUGAGGAUGUGCCCAAAACAGUCGUGCUUGAACCUUAAGCACCAGUCAAAUGGUUGGCUGAUUGAUUGAUUGAUGUCACAAAGUCCUUUUUGGUAUCAAAAUGUUUGGAAUGAUGAGAUUAAGUUGAGAAAAAUGUAAAAUGUUGUCCAGUGAUUUUGAAGAAAAAUGCAUUAAUAUACUCCAUUUGUUGACAGACUAAACCAGACAUUUGUUUCUGUUCAAAAUGCAUUAAUAUACUCCAUUUGUUGACAGACUAAACCAGACAUUUGUUUCUGUUCAAAAUGCAUUAAUAUACUCCAUUUGUUGACAGACUAAACCAGACAUUUGUUUCUGUUCAAAAUUACUUGAAUUAAUUCACUCUUUUUUUAAAAAGGAAAAGAUUUAUUUUGACAAAAAAAAUGCAUGUUUUUGUCAUCGGCCCAUAUUAUCCGUCUAUGGGUGAUAUAGUAUCCGAUUCACACCGGACACCUGUAUCACUUUAUCUUGAUGUUUCAGAAAGUAAAUAUGCAGUAUUAUAAAACAAUAUCAGCAAAAAUAGAAAUAAAAUGGUUGUUUGAUUACUCUCUUAAUUAUAUGUGAACAAACCACAAACCUGUUACAAUUCGGAACUAUUGUGGACUGUGAGUGGUGUAUUGAGGUCUUAAUGACAGAAACACAAGUUAAGCAUGGGAUAUGUAGUCAUUGUCCACAUAACUUAUGGUUAAAUAAACCAGUUAGAUAUUUCAAAAUAAUGUUUUAUAUGUUAUAUUACAUAAUUAUUAUGUUAAUAAAUGAUAUAAUAACAUUAUUUUGGGGUGACAUUUGCAAGAGAAAGAAUAAAAAAUAUAAUAAAGUAAGCAUUUCUUACAUUGUUCUCUUGACAUUAAUAACACAAAUCUUACAAAACUGAGUUCAUCUCAUCAUUUUAAAUUUUUUUACAUGGUACAAAAAGUAGGUCAAAUUUUCACUGACCUACAUAGAAUUGAAAAGUUUGCCCUCUGGAAUCUCAGAUGUGUCCACAAACUAAAGAAAAUUGGGUACCGACUAUUUACUUUCUGUAACACAUAUUCUGAUUGCACGAUUUAACAAAAGUUUAGAGCCCAAUUUAUUCAUUCAUCAUCAUUUUAUUACAUUAUUAGUUUGUUUUGUAUAACAGCAGCAGUUCAGUUAAAUACUAGUUUUAUUUAUUUAUUUGACAAUGUGCUGUAAAUACACGGAGAUAGCUUUUCAAUUUACUAACUACCUGUAUACUUUAAAUAUACUUACUACACAGUUAUCAGUGUUUUGCAAACACUGCCAUAAAAGAAACUGAGGGGAGUGAUUGAUUGCUCAUCUAACUUCGAUUAGAGGGAGAAAUUUAAGAUGUUACCAUAUUCAGCAUCGAUAUUUAAUCCUUUUGUAGUACUUUAAAAAAAAAGAGUAGAAACUAAGGGAGUUAAAAAUUACUCAGGUGAGUGAUGGGAAGCCAAAGUGUUCCCCCUUUUUGUGUGUAUUACAAAUAGGAUUGGUGAUAUUAUUUUAAUAAUAAAACACUUGUUUCCUAGUAUCAUUCAGUCAAAUAAGAGUUUUAAAAAACCCAAAUCCCAGUACUAUUUAGAUAACAGUAUUAGUAUUGUUCUGUAUUUAUUUAUUUUGUAAGUAUUAUUCAUUACAUUAGUUUAUGAUUAUAUUAGUUUUUGCAUUCAAAGUCUUGAGUAUAAUUAGCAGGUCUUUUGCUGAAAAUUGGCUCAAAUCACAAGAGUUAUUAGUUGCCAUAUUUUCGACCUACUCUGAUCAGUCUUAAAAUAUUUGUUUUAUUCUAAUAGGAGUUGAAUAGUGGAUGCAACUUGAUAGAGCCUUGAGGUAUUACCUAUUUUAACUUUUGCAAGAUAGUCACCACUUAUAUUCAAUUUAUUAUUUAUUCUCAUUAAAUUAUUUUGAUUUAUUUGUUAUGUUCAAUGCACAAUAAAAUAUUCAGUAUUUCA